UGAAAAUGGACGGUUAUGUUUUGAUUUGAGUUUUAAUUAUUCAUGAAUCUAUAAUUUUAUCAAGUUUCGGAUAAAAUUGUGUAAAAAACUGUGGUCACUCAAGGUACUUUACCACAUCAUAAGUAUUGUAAACUUGUAAAACUGAAAAACGAGUUAGUUUUUAAGUGACAAUGCCGCGAACCAAGAGGCCAGUAAAAAAGCAAGAAAAGUCAGCAGAGGACGACGAUGCUUUAAAAAAACUGAAUAAACUUGUGUUGGACCAAAAAAAUCAGAUAGACAAUCGUGCCCAACGAGAGCUUGGUAAUGUGGAGCUGGAGUUCAAACUGCUGCUCAGCUCCAUCAGCAGCACAUACCUUCAGAUGACCGUGGGGCAAUUGAGAACAGAGCUGCUGCUUAAGGAGCCGCCCAGCACGCGGCGGACGCGACACUCGAGUCGCUCGGCCUCUCACGAUGAUGGCUACCUCACCGAGAACUCGUCCCAGGGCUCCGGAGAACGCGGGCUGAAGAGCAAGAUCGCGGUGCCGCUGUCGUCGUCCCGCGCGGCGUCGCGUCGCUCCCGGUCGGCGGACGCGUCAGCGCGCAAGGCGCCGCGCCCCGCGCCGACCACGCAGCGCCGCCGUUCGCGCUCCGUGUACCGCACGCCGGCCUACAACAAGAACGCGAUCAACAACUACCCCGUUAUUACGCCCAAGGUGAACCCACAAACUCCGUUGACAGUGUUGCGGCAGCCGCGGCAGGGUGAGAUGGUGGUGUCCAUGUCAGGCUCGCCACUCGCGGUGCUUAAUUAUUGCACAAUGCCACCAGAAGAGAAAGCGAAUUGUAACAUCCGCCUACAAGACGGAACGAUGCUAUCCCUCCAACCGAAACAGCUUCGCCAGUCGCAAGCAUACAUACCAUAUUCGUUAAUGGACGCCACAGUCAUGAGCCAACUGAAGACGCUGAAGGACAACCUGGAAAAAGUGGUGAAGCAAGGCGAGAGGGCCAUGAAGUGAUACCCACGACGAGGUGGGCUUACGGCAAAUUUCAAUAAAUCCGAUCGCUAACUACAACUACAAUAAACCGUUAAAAUUAAACUAUUUUUUGGAUUUUAUAUAAAACACUAGCUGACC